AUGCCGUCAAAACAAAGCCUCCUCAGCCUCUCCCUCCUUUUUUUCCUACACCCAACCACCGGCACACCGUCCGACCUCCGCUACGUCAACCCAUUGAUCGGCUCAACAGCCGGCGGCAACGUGUUCGCCGGCGCAAGUCUCCCCUACGGCCUCGCCAAACCCGUCGCAGAUGUCGACGGCCAGAAUACAGGCGGAUUCUCGACGGACGGGAGUAAUGUGACGGGAUUUUCGUCUCUACACGAUUCCGGGACGGGCGGGAAUCCGUCGAUGGGGAAUUUCCCACUCUUCCCGCAACACUGCCCUUCGGAUGAAAUCAAUGGGUGUCGAUUUGGCAAGGAUGCGAGGAAGAAACACUAUAAACCCGAAAGCGUGGUUGCGGAACCGGGAUAUUUUGGGAUUGAGCUGGUAGAUGGGAUUAGGGCUGAGAUGACGGCUUCUAGACGGACUGCGAUUUAUCGUUUCACCUUUCCUCCCCACGAAGAGAAGGGGGAGGAUCCGGUUAUUUCGAUUGAUCUAACAGAUCUCUGGGAGAGCAGGCAGAAUGCGAGUAUUGAAAUCGAUGCGGAGAAGGGGAGGGUGAAAGGGAAUGGGACGUUCCUGCCCAGUUUCGGGGCUGGGUCUUAUCAGACGUAUUUCUGCGCCGAUUUUUCCGGUGCCGGUGUGAAGGAUGGUGGGAUUUGGGUUAAUGAUCGUGCCGGCAGUGAGCCGAAAGAGUUAUUUGUGACGCGCGGGUUCAAUAAUUUCUAUAUCCAGGCUGGUGGGUGGAUGAGUUUCCUUCGGCCGGAUGAUGGAACGAUCACUGCGCGCGUUGGAGUCAGUUUCAUCAGCACGGAGCAAGCGUGCUCGAACGCAGAGUCCGAGGUUUCGGACCCAAUAUCAGGUUUCGAGAAGUCGCAGGAGCAGGCUAAACAGGCCUGGAGUCAGAAAUUGUCUCCGAUCAAGAUCACACCUGGUGGUGUGAGCGACGACAUGCUCGGCGCUUUCUGGAGCGGCGUUUACAGAACAAUGCUCUCGCCGCAGGACAUGACAGGCGAAAACCCGCUCUGGGAAAGCGAUGAGCCCUAUUUCGAUUCAUUUUAUUGUCUCUGGGACGCAUUCCGAGCACAACACCCGUUCUUAACCAUCAUCGACCCACACCAACAAUCCCGCAUGGUCCGCUCCCUCCUCGACACAUACAGACACGAAGGCUGGCUCCCAGACUGCCGAAUGUCCCUCUGCAAAGGCUGGACGCAAGGCGGGUCCAACGCGGACGUGGUCAUCGCCGACGCAUACGUGAAGAACCUAACCGGCAUCAACUGGGAACUCGCAUACAAAGCCAUGGUAAACGACGCAGAGAACGAACCGCUAGAAUGGUCCUACGAAGGAAGGGGCGGGCUGCAGAGUUGGAAAAAGCUAAAUUACAUCCCAUACCUUGAUUUCGACUGGAUGGGCUUCGGGACGAACUCUCGGAGUAUCUCCCGGACGGUCGAGUAUGCUUAUAAUGAUUAUUGUCUCGGUGUUGUGGGGGAGGGUAUUGGAGAGGAUGGCUAUACGACGUACCUGUCUCGCUCGGGGAAUUGGAGGAAUCUUUUUAGAGAGGAUCAGCCUUCGUUCCUGGAGAAUGGGACUAAUACUGGUUUUACGGGGUUCUUUCAGCCGAGGUAUCUGAAUGGGACGUGGGGUUUCCAGGAUCCGAUUGCUUGCAGUGCGCUGGCGUCUUGGUGUUCGCUUACGUCCAAUCCGUCUGAGACCUUUGAGUCGAGUGUUUGGGAAUAUCUCUUCUACGUCCCGCACGACCUAUCCUCCCUAAUCGAUUUAGUGGGCGGUACCGACUCCUUCGUGAACCGGCUAGACUACUUCCACACCUCAGGGCUUGCAGACAUAGGCAACGAACCCGUCUUCCUAACAGUCUACGAAUACCACUACGCCGGCCGUCCGGCACUCUCAACAAAGCGGGCGCACAGCUACAUCCCGCGGACCUUUAACGCAACAACCAACGGUUUACCAGGUAACGACGACUCCGGCGCCAUGGGCUCGUUCUUGGCCUGGAGCAUGAUGGGUCUAUUCCCCAAUCCGGGACAAAGUGUAUAUUUGAUUAGUCCACCCUUUUUUGAGGCGGUUGAGGUUACACAUCCUGAAACCGGGAAGACGGCUACGAUUCGGAAUGUUAAUUUUGAUCCCGACUAUAAGAGGGUGUAUGUGCAGAGUGCAAAACUGAAUGGUAUGCCUUACAAGAGGAAUUGGGUUGGUCAUGAGUUUUUUACGCAGGGUUGGACGCUUGAGUUAACUCUUGGUGAGGUGGAGGGUGAGUGGGGGACGAAGAGGGGGAUUUGCCACCUAGUUUGA